CUGUAUGGUGGGGAUGGGGUCAGGUCUGGGAACAUGGGCAGCCCUGGGGCCUGUGAUUAUCUAUGCUUGGUGAGUUGGUGGGGAUCCCCUGUCCUUCCAGGAGGCUGGGUUUUAAGGUAUCAUGGUUUUGUCCUUGCAAGAGACGUGAAUGUAAAGGUUAUCAAGGUGGCUAAAGAUUCUAGUCCUGAAAGUUCAGCCUGGACAUACUUAGGAAUUGGCUUGAAGGUGGUGUGGGGACAGGUGUUUAAAUAGGUUCUCACUAUGUAUCCUAGACCAGUUUUGAAUUCAACAGCCUCCUGUUUCUACCUCCUAAGUACUGGAAUUAGACAUUUCCUACCAUGCCUUGCUGUGACCCCUACCCCUGGAUUGGGCUGAAUGUUGGUAGGCUGAGCAGCUUCCCUCUCCUCAAGUAUCCACAGGUCCGCAGGUGGCUGGCCCCCUUCAUCGUUGCCUGCUCCCUCUACUUCCUCCUCUGGAUUCCUGAGGACCAGCCAUCUUGGGUCAGUGCCCUGGUCAAGUGCCAGCCCAUUCUCUGCCUGGUUUUGUUCCUGUGGGCUGUGGCUCCUGGUGGGAGCUACACCUGGCUCCUGCAGGGAGCUCUUACAUGUUCUGCUGUUGGAGAUGCCUGCCUCAUCUGGCCUGAAGCUUUCUUUUAUGGCAUGGCAGUCUUCUCUGUUGCCCACUUACUCUACCUCUGGGCUUUUGGCCUGUCUCCACUGCAGCCUGGAUUGCUGCUGUGCACCACCUUGGCCUCUCUGACAUACUACAGCUUCCUCCUGCUACACCUUGAGCCGAACAUGGUCUUGCCAGUGGCAGCCUAUGGGCUGAUCUUGAACACCAUGCUGUGGCGUGGCCUUGUCUUGGGUAGGAGUGCUGGCUGGGGUGCCGUGCUCUUUAUAUUCUCAGAUGGUGUGCUGGCCUGGGACACUUUUGUCUACACUUUACCUUUUGCCCGCCUAGUGACCAUGAGCACCUACUAUGCAGCCCAGCUCCUCCUCACCCUGUCAGCCCUCAGGAGCCCAGGGCUCAAAACCCACUAAUGCAGGACCCAGACAGCCUGGUACUCCCUCCCAUAAGAACCUUGGCUUUCCACACUGGCCCAGCCUGGCAAGUGAAUGCUUCUGAUCAUAUGUGAACAGAUAUGUGGCCGACCCUCUUAAACAUCUGCCUGCAUACUGUUGUCAGGAUUUCAAAUCUACCACUGAUUUCAAGCUGCCUUCCCUGGCUUCUGACUUUGGAUUCCAGGACGCCCAACCCAAGCCAUAUUCUGUUUUCCCCUCCCCAUGCCCACUUCCUUUUCCCAGUCAGUUUUUCCUAUCCACCUGCCCCUUCACACUGCUCCCAGGUCUGGUUCUGGCUGUCUAAGUAAAACCAAUGUUGGAA